CGGGUGUUUCCUUGGCCGGGCUCCGCGUCUAUCUCUGAGCAUCUCUCUCUGGCUGGGUGUGUUGAGCAGAGAUCUGGGGCACACACCCUGCGAGUGAGAAACUCCCUGUGGGGAGAGCAAAGGGAGCCUGGGCCGCACCUUUCCCUGGGCCGGCCUGCAGCACGCACAGGAACGGCAACUCCUGGGAUCUCCCCCGGCCCAGGGCGGGCAGUGGGGUCUACUGGUUACAGCAGGGGGGCUGGGAGCCAGGAUCUGCCCCCUACCCCAUGGCCUCUUCUGCCCCCCAAUUGGGGUCUCUCUCCAAGGAGUUCUCCUGCCCCGUGUGCCUGGACUGGCUGCAGGAUCCCGUCACCCUGCCCUGCGGCCACGUCUACUGCCAGGGCUGCAUCGAGACAACGUGGGGCACCCUGGGCGUCGCCCCUGCCUGCCCUGAAUGCCGGGAGCCCUGCCCCGACAGGAGAUAUGCGCCCUGCAGGCUGCUGAGGAAGCUGAUCGACCAGGCCAGGGGCCUGAGCCCUGGUGGGGCAGAGGAGGGGGCGUGCCCAGGGGGCAGGUGCCCGGAGCACAGCGAACCCUGGGGGGUGGAGGGUGGGGAAUUCGCCGCCAGGGAACCAGCCACAUCCGAAAACCUCCCGUUCCUCCCCAUCCACCAGGCCACUGGGCAGCAUCAGGAAGAGCUGCCCUCAGCCAUUGCCCAGCUGGAGUCCAGCCUCGCUCGGCUCCGGACGCUGAAGACGGAGAAGGAAGAGAGGAUUCGGAACCACCAGGCGACGGUGCUCAGCCUGGAAGAUCACAUCUCCGCGGAGUUCGGGACGCUGCGGGGCUGGCUGGCCGCCCGGGAGGGGGAGUGGCAGGAGAGGCUGCGGCGGGCGGGCAGCGCCCAGCUGCGGGCGAUGCAGACGAACCUGCAGGAGCUGGCGGGGAAAUGCCAGGCAGCCCAGGAGAUGCUCACCGAGGCCCAGGCCCACCUGCCCCAGCAGAGCACCAUGGAGUUCCUGACGGACAUAAAAUCCUUCCUGGACUGGGCAAAGCAGCAACUGGCUACCCCUUGUGGGCCAAAUACAGGGUCCCAAUCACAGACUCUGGGGCAAUUCAAAGGGCCGAUCCAGUAUACUGCCUGGAAGAACAUGAAAUCUAUCCUCAACAUAGAUCUUCCCCAGGUGACGCUGGAUCCCGCCACGGCUCAUCCCUGCCUGGUUCUCUCGGAGGAUCGCACCCGAGUCCGGGACGGCCACCUCCGCCGGCCUCUCCCCGACACGCCCGCCCGCUUCGAUUUCUGCGUGGCCGUGCUGGGCGCGGGGGCGUUCACCUCCGGGAGGCGCUACUGGGAGGUGGAGGUCGGGGAGAAGCCGGCGUGGACGCUGGGCGUGGUCCACGCCUCCAUCAGCCGCAAAGGGAAGAUCCAUGCCUCCCCCAGCAAGGGAUUCUGGGUCAUUCGGCUCCGGGGCGGGGCCGAGCUCAUGGCCAAGGACACGCCCCCAGUGGUGCUCCGCCCCCAGGCCCUGCCCCACAGGAUUGGGGUGUACCUGGACUACGAAGGGGGCCAGGUUUCCUUCUAUGAUGCCUGGGGCAUGUCCCACCUCUAUACGUUCAGCGCCCGGUUUGCAGAGAGUGUGUAUCCCUAUUUCUGCCCCGGGCUCUAUGAUUCGGCGGGGAACUCUACCCCCCUGAAAAUCUGCCCCUUGCCCUGAGCCAGCCAGUCCUCUGCCCUGGGGUCGGAUCAGAGCCGGCGCCCCGUAGAGGGAAAAGCCCCGGGCCCCAUUCCCUGCCCCCAUGAGCCAUCCAGUGGUUUUAUAAGCACCACCUUACACAUAGAAAAAAAAACUCUCAAACCCAUCAACCCCGGCUAUUUCAUGCUCCAAAGCAAGACGGAGCCGAGCGCCAGGCCACACUGUAUCCUGCCAAGCAGGGACUCUGAAAAGGAUCUAAAGAUCCAGCUAGUGUGAUCCUGGGAUGUGCAAACAGGGGAAUGGUGAGUAGGAGCAGAGAGGUUUAUUUCCCCCCUGGAUUUGGCCCUUGUGCGACCGCUGGUGGAGUCCUGUGUCCAGUUCUGGUGCCCACGGUUCAAGAAGGAUGUGGAUCGAUUGGCGAGGGGUCGGAGAAGAACGAUUAAAGGACUGGACAACCUGCCUUAGAGAGAGAGACUGCCGGAGCUCAAGCUGUUUAGAGGAACAAAGAGAAGGCUGCGGGGUGACUAGAUCAUGGUCUACAAGUACCUCCGUGGGGAACAGAUGUGACCGUGGGCUCUUCAGUCUAGCAGAGAAAAGUCUAACAUGAUCCAACGGCUGGAAGUUGAAGCUAGACCAGUUCAGAUGGGAAAUAAGGUGCAAAUUUGUAACAGGGAGGGGAAUUCACCAUGGGAACAAUUUCCCAAGGGCCGUGGCGGAGUGUCCAUCACUGGCAAGUUUUCAAUCAAGAGUGGAUGGGGUCCCGGUGGCAUCUUGGACUCCAGCCGCAGAUUAGCCAUCCUUGGUGGUAGGCCCUGGAUCCUCUGAAACAAUGCUGCAGACAUUGGUCCUCACAGGAGACCGAUUUCCAUGUUGCCCCAUGAUCCAUAAUCGGUGGGCGAGUGAUAAGGGGCGAAGACGCGCUUGAGUUGAAGGUACCGGCGUGGGAGCCAGGACUCCUGGGUCCUGGCUAGAGGCAGUGGGAAAGUUUCCAAAGAGGGAUCAUGUUUGUAUAGGGAAAAAAUGCCAUGGAAACAUUCUGAUGACAUUUCGGGGCGGAGGGAAUGGCAGGGCCGGGGGAGAAUCAGAUCAGGGCAUUUUGGUUUUUUUGCUUCAACGUGAUGGUUCAUUUUGAUUUUUUUUAAUUUUACAUUUAUCAUAAUUCUCAGCCCAACACUGUUUAAGCCUGGAAGGAUUGGAUUUGUAUCUGCUCAUUUGUAUCCGUCAAUGUCAAUGUCACCAUCCGCCAUGGAAAAAUAUUUCCAUUCGUAAUCAUCGAAAUGGACAGAUAAUCAUAGAAGCAUUUGGCUUUGAUGAGACAAUCAUUAAAGAACUAGCGGACUCUCCCAGAAUUUCCUGCAACUCUGAAAGUUUUAAGUUGAUAAAAAUAUCAAAAAGCUGACAAAUAAACGUCACGAUCAGUCCAAAUUAUAAAUGUCAAAGCUAGUUCUCCCGAGCCGAAUAUUCAUAGAAUAUAAAUUGAAGUGAAAACUAAAUUGAGACCAGUGUGUGCUAGAUAGAAUACUUAAAUACAAUGAUAUAUGUAUACGUAUACAAUUAAUAUUUCAUAUGCAAUAUUUCAUAGUCUGGCUUUUAAAAAAUUAUAUAAAGAAUUGUCUAUUUAAUAGAACUAUACAUAAGUGUUUAUAGGACAUAAUUUUUGGUAAAGGUUGAAAUUGGAACAUAACAUUUUGAUUGACGCAAAGUGAUUCCCCCCCCCCCACACACACACACACACACGUCAUUUUUCAAGACGUUUCCCCAAAAAAGAAUGGUUUGGGAACUGACAUUUUUUUGAAAUCUUGGCGUUUCCUGCUCAACACAAAAGCUACUUCUUGCCCAACUUUUGUUCUCUCCCUAGGUGGAGGGGAGCGGGGUUAAGUAGGUUAGAGUCAGGGGAGCGGGGGCUGGGAGCCGGGACGCCUGGGUUCUAUCCCCAGCUCUGGGAGGGGAGUGGGGUCUGUUGGGUUAGAGCAGGGGGGGCUGGGAGCCAGGACGCCUGGGUUCUCUCCCCAGCUCUGGGAGAAGAGUGGGGUCUGGCGGGUUAGAGCAGGGGGUGCUGGGAGCCAGGACGCCUGGGUUCUAUCCCCAGCUCUGGGAGGGAAGCAGGGUCUAGUGGGGACUGGGAGUCAGGAUGCCUGGGUUCUAUCCCUGGCUUUGUCACAUACUCCCCAUGUGACUUCUGGGGAGUGACUGAAUCGGUUUGGGCCUCAGUUUCCCCAUGUGUAAAAUGGGGGAAUGAUCCUGGCUUUGUUUAUUUGGACUGUGAGCUUUUAGGGGCAGGGGCUGUCUCCUUUGGCCUUGGUGUCUUCAUCUAAACUGAUUUGGGGGGGGGGGCAAGGAAAUGUCUGCUCUAGCUAAAGUGAUUGAUUUUUCCAUCAAACAAAUUCAAAACAUGGUGAAUCUUUAAAAAAAAAACAAAAUCAACAACCCCAAAACCCUGACCUGCACUUUGUGUUGAGUCCGAAGGAAAAUUGCUUUGAAUUGGGAAAAGCUGAAAUUUCAGUUAAUUCAAAAGCCGGUUUUCUUUCGUUUGUGAUCAGAAAGUCAAAAUGUUUCCCUUUCUUGUAAAAAGGGUGCUGAUUACCAUGUUCACUUCGCGACAGUGAGGCAAAGUCCAAUAUUUAACCAUGUAAAAAGAGAAGGAUUUCAUUUAGUUUCAAUGGAAAGUUAAGUCAUCUCACUUUGUUUCCCCAUUAAUUUCCAGUCAAUCGCCACCCGAAAAAGUGAGAGUGUUUCACUUUGUGUUUAAAAGACAAUACAUUCAUCGCCAUUUUCUGGGAGGAACAAUGGAAGUGUAAAAAUCUUUCCUCGUUACAGCAAUAUGAACUGGCAUCUAGGUUGGCUCAGACAACGGCUUACAUCUUGCAGACAGUGGAAAACAACUUCAGGGUGUUCAGAAUGAAACAAAAGACUUUGUUUUCUGUUCAGAAGGUGGGUGUUUUUGUGGUUCCAUGGGGUCAAAGGCUCCUUAUGUUAAAAAAAAAAACCCCAGAUCUGUUCGUUUUAAUCCGGAAUAAAAUCAAACUGGACAAGUUUUGCCUA